CCGCUGCAAAUGAAUAAAUAAAUAAAUAAAAUUAUCGAUAAAUAGCCCUGACACUGACUUUCGCUUGCGCCCGUAUAAAAGCCCUGCAGGAAACGGGCCGGCUGCAGUCGCUGACCAUGAUCCGGGUCGCCUUCGCGCUGAUAAUGGCCGCCCUUUGGGGGGGCUGCGCCCCGCAGCGCAGCCCCUUCGGCGGGCUUUCGGACGUCUUCGACGAGCGCCGCUUGCUGGAGAUUUACAUCCCCACGGUGAACAGCGCGGACGAAACGUGCCGCAACGACAGUCGGUUCUACGCGCACGAGCUGACGCAGUUCCGCAUUUGGGCCACGGAAAUGUUUGACGCUUCGGGCAAGAUGCCCAGCGGCUUCCUCUACGGGUCGUCGCACGACUUGGGCAACUUUGACGAAUGCAUGGAGAUCCGGGUGCCACGCCCAGUGCCGCUGCGCGGCCAAUACUGUCUGGCGCAGUUCACGGUGGCGCCACCAGCCGGCACCAGUCUGGAGCACGCCAGCAGCUACUACGAAUCGGACUAUUUGCGCGCGUCCAACGACUCCAUGUGGGCCAAACUGGCGGUGUACGCGCAAGACAAAACCAAAGGCAGCCGAAACGAGCUGUAUUUUGCGUUUUGCCUGCCGUCGUCCUGCGAUUAUCGCGAGCUGCGCAGCGUGCUCACGCACAACGCCGCCAUCUUGAACAACCGCAGUGACUUCCAGGUGACAGUCGACGUGGGCAGCUGCCAAGCGGCCACGCCCACCCGCUACACUGCCGGCGACGUGGCCUUCAUCGUCUUCCUGGGCGCCUCACUGGCAACAGUGCUGCUCGCUAGUGGCUACGAGAUGGCGCUGACGCGCGACUCCAACCGCCAUUGGCGCCUGAUGGGCAAGCGCCACGAGCUGGCGCUGUGCUUCUCGCUGCCGAGCAACGUGCGCAAACUGACGGCGCAGGGGCGCAACCUGGACGGGCUGGACUGCUUGGCAGGCAUGCGCGUCUACUCGAUGCUGCUGAUUGUGCUGCUGCACCGCAUCAUGUUCGAGUUCGGCUCGCCAAUGGUCAACCCCAAGGACGUGGAAAAGCUGUACACGCAGUUCGAGACCACGCUGCUGCUGAACGGCCCCAUUCUAGUCGAAACGUUCUUCACCCUGUCGGGCUUUCUGGCCACCUACUUGAUGCUGGGCGAGCUGCAGCGCAAGAAGGGGCGUGUCCAGAUGGGCGCGGUCUAUCUGCAUCGCGUCGUGCGCAUGACCCCCACCUACGCCGUGGUGCUGGCCUUCUACUGCACCCUGUUGGUCAAGCUGGGCAGCGGCCCGUUCUGGCAACAGCGCGUCGGCUUGGAACAGCAACGCUGCCUGGCCAGCUGGUGGGCCAAUCUACUCUACAUCAACAACUACGUCAACACUGACCAAAUUUGCAUGUUCCAAAGCUGGUACAUCACGUGCGACAUGAACUUCUUCCUGUUCACGCCCCUGCUGGCGUGGCUGCUGUGGAAGCGCCCCAAGGUGGGCGUGGCAGUGGUGGGCGUGCUCAUCCUCGCCUCCAUGCUGGUGGUGUUCGCCAUCGUCUACGUCAACAAGAUGGACGCCAUGUUUAUGCUGUAUAUCAAGGUUCUAAAGGAUCCGGUGGCGCACGACACCUUCAAGACCCUGUACAUUCCGGGGCACAUGCGCGGCAGCUCCUAUCUAGUGGGCGUGCUGACCGGCUACAUCAAGCACGCCAUGAAGGAGGGCAGCGCCAAACUGCCGAAGGCGGCGGUGCGCAUCGGUUGGGCGCUCUGCGCCCCCAUCAUGGUGGCCUCCUUAUACACCGGCUUUGUGUUCUAUUUGCUCGAGGUGCCGCCCCUGCUGGCCGCCCUCUACGCCGCCCUCUACCACUUUGCCUGGAGCGUCUGCGUUGCGUGGAUGGUGCUGGCCAUCAGCUCUGGGCGUGGCCCGUGGGUGGAGCCGAUGCUGCGCUGGCGCCCGCUGGUGGUGCUGGCGCGACUCACCUACUGCGUCUACAUCUCGCAUGGCGCCAUCCAGAUGUACACGGCGGCAACCAUCCGAACACCGAUCUACGCCAGUGUCUUCAAUGUGGAGUACCAAACGGCCGCCGAUCUGCUGCUCGCCUACGCGCUCGCCCUGGCGCUCACGCUGAUGUACGAGUCGCCUGUCAUAGCGCUGGAGAAGGUGCUGCUGAGCCCCGCGCAGGGCGCGGCCGCCCAGGGCAGCCUGGAGAUGGCCGCCUGACCCCGUAGGCGCCCCCCCCGUAGCUUAGCUGAGUAGUAGUGUUCUAGUCUAGUGUCUAAUCAGUGACGUGCCCACCCACUUGAACCCCGAGUUUAUCGCUUGAAUUGCGCCGCUUCCAAUCAGUGCAGUGAGUGCGAUGAGCGCCGGCCAGUGCAGUGCUUCGGGUGCUCUGGACGUCGCGUGGUGCGCCCUCCUGGUCACGCCCCUGGUGGUGGCCGGCUGGCGCGGCACUUGGGAGCUGCUGGACGUCCACGCCGCCCACUUCCCGCCGUGGGAGAGCUGCGUGAUCGGUACGCUGAUCCAUGUGGUGGCCGGCGGCGCGCAGGAGGCGUUCCACGCGCUGGCGAUGGAGGGGGGCGAGCAGCGCACGCCCCUCGGCCGACUGCUGCUGUUCCUGGCCAUGCGCAGCUACACCCUGGUGCUGCAUCUGGCCACCAAUGUGCAGUGGCGCGGUGAGUCUGCGCAGCGCAAGCCCGGCCUGACUGUUGCCGCUCUUCGCCCCUUGACAGGUGUGUGGAUGCUGCUGGACCAGCACUUGGGCGUGGUGGAGGAGGGCAGGGUGCGCGUGGCGCACGCGGGCGUGGCCCUGGGGCUGUUCGCCGCCUGCUUGGGCCUGCUGGGCGGCAUGCGCUGCUUGCGCAACCUGAACUCGCCGCCCUUUGGGCUGUGCGCGGACGAGGGCGACCCGAUGUUCCGCUUCCCGAACAUGUUCCGCACCGCCAUGGCGGACGGCGCCGCCCGCUACGCGGCCGACGUCGUCUUCUCAGUGGGCGUGGUCGGCAACUUGGGCGUGGUCGGCUGGCGCGGCCUGUGGCUGCUCGCCGAACUGCUGCUGUCGCCCUGCGCCAGCCUGGUGUUGGGCUACGCGCUGGUCGCCGCGCUGUUCCUGCUGCAGCCAACCAUGCAGGCGGUGUGCGACGCGCCCGCCGGCCUGCGCCGCCUCCUGGCC